CAGGGGCAAGGCAGUCCGCGCGUUGUGCCUCUGCGAUGAAGAUUGGAGCCCGCAUUUAACCUCCAAUCAUGGCCUGAGCUUCUGCGCUUCUGGUUUGGCCCUUUCAGCUUGACAAGAAGGAAGAGUCUGCAGAGGAGGCGGCGGCGGCGGCGGCAGAGGAGGCGGUGGCAUGCGUUUGGGCAGCAGCUGGAGGUGGCACCUCUCCCGAGCCAUGCGGCUCACCCUGCGCUGGUGUCGGCCCUGCCGCCCAAACAGAGGGGGCCGGGGCGCGGGCACCAGACCGUGGAACAGCGGCGCGUUGACUGAUCUGUGGCGCUACGCCAGGCUGCUGCUGAAAUCUCUGUACUUCAACUGUCUCAGCAACUCGGACACGCUGUUGGACUGCGUGUUCGAGCCCAUCUACUGGAUUGUGGACCAUGUUACCCACUGGUUUGGAGUGGUGUUUGUCGUCCUGGUCGUGUUGUUGACCGGCUCGGUUCUUGCUAUUGUUUACACGUGCCUCCUACCCAUAAUUAUCAACACCUACCCUGUGCACUGGAUCAUCUGGCACCUGUGCUACGGCCACUGGCUUCUUGUCAUGGUGGUCUUCCACUACUACAAGGCCACCACCACUUCCCCCGGUCAACCACCCAAGGACAGAGCUGACGUUCCAUCAGUGUCCAUCUGUAAAAAAUGCAUCAUUCCAAAACCGGCCCGGACGCACCACUGCAGCAUCUGCAACACGUGUGUGUUGAAGAUGGACCACCACUGUCCCUGGUUGAACAACUGCGUCGGUCAUUUCAACCACCGUUACUUCUUCUCUUUUUGCCUCUACAUGACGCUUGGCUGCAUCUACUGCAGCAUCAGCAGCAGAGACAUGUUCCUGGAGGCGUACAGCGCUAUAGAGAGCUAUUACCAGACGCCCCCUCCGCCCUACACAUCCAGGGAGAGGGCGGUUCACAAGAGUGUCAUCUUCCUCUGGGUGCUGACCAGCUCGGUGGCAGUAGCUCUUGGAGGGCUGACGCUGUGGCACGUGGUGCUCAUCACCAGAGGAGAAACCAGUGUGGAGCGGCACAUCAACCGCAAAGAGACCAAACGACUCAAGGAGAAGGGCAGGGCGUUUCGAAAUCCAUACCAUCAUGGUAGAAUAAGGAACUGGAGGAUGCUGUUCGGUGUGGAGAAGAGGAGUCACUGGUUGACGCGGGUCCUCUUGCCAUCCAGCCAUCCUCCCAAGAGUGACGGGAUCACCUGGGACUGCACAUACACCAGGAGAGACCCUAUGGCCAUCUGACCUUAACCCUUAAAUUCUAACUCCCCCCCCAAAACCUGUCAAAAGACCUGUACCGCCCUGUACACAGCCAUAUGAAAGUGACUACUGACUCCUCUGUAGACCCCUUUGUCUUCUGCAGUAUCUCCGUCUUCCCUCCGACUCUGAAGAGGUGAAAUGAGAAAUGACUCAUUCACCUCGAAAUUCUGUGUCGCCAGUUGAUCCUGUACAUCUUCGUAUAGACCUGCAUCGCCCUCAUCCUACAUGCUGCUGGUCAGCAUCUCCACAAACCGGUGUGCACUUUUAUUUCCUGCUCAUCAUCUGUCCCCGUCGUCGUCUCCUGAGGCCAAAGUGCUCAAACCGAAGGCUCAAAACUGCUGGGCGACUUCAUUGUGAAACUGUGAUGCUUGAGAAAAAUUUGGAGACAAGGAAGUUGUACAAUUGACCAAAGGACUUUUACCUAGUGUUGCGUUGCGUGUUAAUGCCUAACCAGCUGCGACCAGUUGUCAAAAACUGCUAUUUGGUUGCCUUGACCAUUCAGACCGUUGGAGCUUAAGAAGCUGCAGACGUCGAAUUUUAUGGAAAUAUAAGGGAUAAUGCAACACACACUGCCUAAGAAGUAAAGUUUUUCAAAGCAGUUUUUAAUUACGUUUGCUUUUUACA